UCACUGAUAUACAUGAACGGUUACUUUCUGGCGAUAAUCGUUAUGUCAAAUACAGACUGACACCCUCCCCACACACACACACACUUCGAACCUGUAACCUUUGCAUGCCCGCAUUCCGACGCAUGUUCCAUAAUGUAUUAUGCGCGAGGAGUUAAUGAAUAAUUCAAGAGUUAAUCUUCUCCCACGGUGCUCAAAAAUCAUAGAAGAAAGCGUGAUAAAAAGUGGAGAAGGAGCAUCAGUGGUGAGAAGGAGCAUCAGUGGUGUGAAUCCUCAUACAACCAAACUAAACAACCUGCUUUCUGGCGCUAUGGACCUGCUGAAGUUUGCCAAGAAACUCUGGUGCGUCCGGAAACAGCUGGUUCUCCUGAUCACACCUGGGUUGCUGCUUCCACUGCUGUUCUUUCUGCCACAAAAGGAGGGCAAAUGUCUAUAUGUGGUGCUCCUGAUGGCAACAUACUGGUGUACAGAAGCUCUUCCUCUAGCUGUUACUGCCUUGCUGCCAAUCUGCCUCUUCCCCACCAUGGGUAUUCUACCCUCCAAGAAGGUCUGUCCUCAAUACUUCCUAGAGACUAACUUCCUUUUCCUGAGUGGCCUAGUAAUGGCAGCUGCAAUUGAGGAGUGGGGCUUACAUAGACGUAUCGCCCUCAGAGUGCUCAAGAUUGUUGGCGUGAAACCAGCCUGGUUGAUUUUGGGGAUGAUGUGCACAUCCUCUUUCCUGUCCAUGUGGUUAAGUAACUCUGCUACGACGGCCAUGAUGCUGCCCAUUGCUAAUGCCAUUCUGGAAAGCUUGUUCGGAAAUCUGGAAACACUGAAGGAGAGGUGCAAGAUCACAGAUGACCCUGAGGACCAGUCUCAGGUGAAGCUGAAUGUACUAUUCUGUGAACAGACUCUGACUGCAGAUGAAAGGGCUGAUGGAAUAGAGAAGAUAGAGGAGAAGAAUGAGGAGGCCAGAAAAGAGGCACAGUACCAGCUGAAAGUAUGGAAAGGAUUUCUCAUCUGUAUCCCCUAUGCAGCCAGCAUCGGAGGAACAGCCACCCUCACUGGAACUGCACCCAAUCUCAUUUUCAUCGGACAGCUGAAGAGUUAUUUCCCAGAGUGUGACUUGAUCAACUUUGGCUCAUGGUUCAUCUUCGCUUUCCCACUAAUGAUCAUCUUCCUUCUCAUGUCCUGGGUCUGGAUUGCCUUCCUAUAUGGAGGAAUCAGCACAAGAUUGUGUAUAAAAAAACACAAUUACCAUGCAGCUGCUGAAGCCAAGGCCAAUGCGGUCAUUGAUGAAGACUACAGAAAGCUAGGCCCCAUGAGUUUUGCAGAGAAAGCCAUCUCCUCCUUCUUCAUUUUAUUCGCUAUCCUCCUGUUCACCAGAGACCCGAAAUUUGUCAAAGGCUGGUCCAUAUUGUUCAGAAAAGACUACGUGUCAGAUGCUGUUACCGGAGUCAUCAUCGUCUCUAUCCUUUUCUUUUUUCCUUCCAAGUGUCCAUCGCUACGUUGGUGGCUGAACAGUACAGCCUCGAACACUCCGUAUGUGCCUCUGUUGUCUUGGAAAAGAGUUCAAGAAUGUGUACCAUGGAACAUUAUCCUUCUGCUGGGUGGAGGCUUUGCGAUGGCUAAAGGCUGUGAGGAGUCUGGUCUGGCUGUAUGGAUUGGAGGACGUUUGCAGCCAUUAGCUACCAUUCCUCCUCCGUUAGCUGUGAUUCUCAUCACAGCCUUCAUUGCUUGCUUCACAGAGUUUGCCAGUAACACCGCCACCAUCAUCAUCUUUCUUCCGGUCAUUAGUGAAAUGGCCAACCAUGUGAACGUGAACCCUCUGUACUUCAUGAUACCAGCAACUGUAGGUUGCUCUUAUGCCUUCAUGCUUCCUGUUUCUACUCCACCCAAUUCCAUCGCAUUUGCCUCUGGACACCUCAUGGUCAAAGACAUGGUGAAAACGGGAUUUAUGAUGAACAUUCUGGGGACUUUGUGUGUAUCUCUGGCUGUGAACACGUGGGGACAGCGCAUGUUCAACCUAGACACCUACCCGAACUGGGCCAAACCUCUAAACUCUACAGAACUGAGAGUACCAGCAGUUAACGUUACUGUAUAGACACACACACACACCUCUCAAACACUCAUAUACCCAAAGAUGGGAAAUCAUAGCUGCCAAAAUGGGUUCUGUAAUGUACCCUAUAUACAAUAUUUAUACAAUAUUUAAAUAACUGUGAUGGGAUGCAAUGUUGGAAAAGUGUUUAUUGUUUUCUUGUCCAGUGUGCAGAGCACUUUCCUAUAUUUUUUUCCUAACAAUUUUGCUGCCAUAGCAACAGUUAUCACUAUUAACAAAUAAGAUCAAAAUGAAGGUGUAUCUGCAAAUGAGUUUUAGAUUUUCAUCAACAAUUUCACUCAAACAGUUUUCUCUCAACUGACAGAACUUUAUUCGUAAGCUUCCAGGAAGGUUUCUGCAAUGUUGUAAAACAUUUAUGGUAACACUGUUCUUAGUUAAACAAACAAUGAUGUUACAGAAACAUCUGUAUUUACUAAAAAUGCCACAGGAACAUUAAUAUUAUGUAAAAAAUAUAUAUAUUUUUUUUAAACAACCACCAACUUGAAACCAAAUGUGCGUCAACUUUCAUAAAUAUAGACCUCUAUUUGAUCAGAGCAGUACAGGACGGAUAAAACCUCAUUAUUCCCUUCAUAUUAAAAUUGUGUAAUUUAUCUCUGCUAUAUCACAGAGUUCAAUCACUGUUUUAUAUUGGAAUAUACAGCACCAGUCAAAAGUUUGGACAAAGGUUUCUUUAUUAUUAUUUUUAUUAAAUAAAACUCACUUCGUGUCUUAAAGUAAUGAUGAAUGUCGUUUCUCUUUACUUAGUUGAGUGGUUCUUGACAUAAUAUGGAUUACUACAGUUGUGGAAUAGGGCUAUUUACUGUAUUUUUAUUAUUUACUAUUUACUGUUUGAUCUCAAACACAUUAAGAAAGCAAGGAAUUGCACUAAUUAACUUUUGACGAGGCACCUGUUAAUUGAAAAGCAUUCCAGGUGACGCCCUCAUGAAGCUGGUUAAGAUAAUGCCAAUAGUGUGCAAACCAUCAUCAACGGAAAUGCUGGCGACUUUGGAGAAUCUAAAAUAUGAAACGUAUUUGUUUUUCAAGAUUUUUUGUUUACCACAUAAUUCGAUAUAUGUUCCAGAUGUUAUUUCUAGCUUUGAUGUCUUCAGAGUUGUUCUACAAUGUAGAAAAUAGUCAAACUACAGAAAAACGUAUGAAUGAGUAGGGGUGUCCAAACUUUUGACUAUUACUGUACAUUAAAAAGUGGUAGACUCUUUAUCUGAUGGAACAAUGUUGUCCUUUCAGUGAUUAACCCUGUUUGGUUGGAUUAUGUGAAUGCUGCGAAUCAUCAAACCCCACAAGCCUAGUCAGGUUGACCAUAGCACGCUAGAAAAUAUUUAACAGUUAUUCCACAAAAUUGAGUCGUACAUGAGCUGAUAGCCAAUGAGGCGUGUAGCACCGAGUUGGCUAUCAGCCAUGUACGACGAGAUUUCAUGGAAUAACUCUUUUAUUCUAUCCACAAUCACUGGAUUUUGAGAAACAGAGCAUUUUUAUUUUUAUUUUUUGCAAAUUAGAUAAAUCAGAACUUUAUGCAAAACGUCCGACAAAAUCAUUUCCGCUUAGAAUGUAAACAGGAGCAAUUUAUGAAACAUGCUAUAAUAAUAAUUCUAGAAAAAUAAAAAAGAUACGUUCUUACCAUCAAAUACUUUUAGUCCAUGUUUUGUUGCUUUUUUUGUAUCUUUUGGGGGUUUCUUCUUCUCCUUUAGUUUUGUUUUUUUCUGUGGUUGGCAAACCAACUUGAAGGUGCGUUACCGCUACCAACUGGACUGGAGUGUGGAACAGGAGAUAUUGGGGGCGAAAACACACAAACAAACAAACAAACAAACAAAAAACUAUUUUAGCUAUUUCUGUUUCUUUUACAUACUCUAACAAUUUUGGGGGUUUUGUUUUCAAGUAGUUUUUAUUUCGUCCUUGGUUGGUUCAGCAAAACGUUCCACCAUUUUGUUUUUCUCUACUCACGGUAUAUGAGCUGAUAACCUAGUAGUAGAAUAGCCACUCAGAGUGUGCAAUUGCUCAUAUCCAGUGAAUGUGGAUAGAAUAAUGAUGGAUAUAUUAGAGUCCGAAUUUGCAUAUAGCCACUUUCUUUGUCAUCAGCACCGCGCGUUGGCCUAGUGGUUAGCAUGUCCACCUCUCGAUCGGGAGAUUGUGAGUUCUACUCACAGUCGGGUCAUAUCAAAGACCAUCAUAAAAAUGGUGACUACUGCCGUCUGGCAAGGCAUGCUGCAAUACCGAUGCGAGUGGGGAGUCAAACUCUCGCUGUUACCAGAGGACUAGCCCCCCCACUGUUACACUAGCUAUGUAAUAGGAGAAAGGCCGAGGGCUACGAAACGGAGAUCGGCGCCACAUGGUGUGGGAAGGACUUUGACUUCUGUUAUCAGUAUUUCAAAUGUCAACUACUGUGACACUGAAAUAGUUUAAUUGCAAUGAUUUACAAAUGAUAUACUAUGCAGCCUGUUGUAUUAUAUUUGUAAUAUAUUAUGAUUAUAAGUUAAACAAGUCUUUAGCUUUAUCCUCUCUGCUCCUACGACAUGCUUGGGGAACUUUGAAUCCCAAACUCUAAAAUAAUGGUGCCCCCUAGUGUAUUAAUCCAACAUCAACUGGAAAAACAGUCAUUCAUACAAAUUAUCAUGUGUCAUUCCUUACUUAUAGGAUCAUAGCAAAAACAAAAAGAUAAAAUCCCAUCUUCAAGAAAUAAUGUAAUUUGUUAUUAAUAAUAUUGAACAGAGUAUUCUAUGGUCAGAACAUUGGCUUUAGAAGAACAGGUUUAUCAGUUUAAAACCUGAUGCUUUAAUACAGAAUUCACUUAUUGUGAUGAGAUCACAGGUGUGUGUAUGUCAAGGCUUUUACCGUGUAUUUUUAUGCAGUUUAACCAAUAGGAUUUUAAAACUGAAACUAUCUGAUUUAAUGAUAUGUUACUCCCAUGUUCCUUUUUUAAAAUUGGUCAUCUUGUUUAAUGGUUCCAUGUUUUACUUCCUUUAAAUACCAUCUCUUUCUCAGUAUGAAGAAUCUUCAACAAUAUUUUGUCGAAUCACUGGAAAUGAGGGUGACAGAACUUUACUGUUUUGAGUAAUACAUGAGUAAAGUUAUGACUGUGCAGGCGUGGAUGUGUCAUGAGUCACUGAUCACUGAUUCCUGACUAUUGAAUAUUGCAAUUAAAUUCAAACUCAAGACACACACACACACACACGACUCUUUAAACUCUUUGGACAAAACAAUCCUUAAGCAAUAAUAAUAAUUUAUUUAGAUUUAUAUACCUAUAUAUUUGAAUGGGAUUUGAUGAUUUUUUUAAAAGAUGUGAUUCUUUAACAAGUGCAACAUUCUUUUUUUUAUUCACAUGGAAUGUAAACUGUAUGUAAAACCUGUAAAAAAGCUGUAUAUAUAGAAAUAUAUAACAUCCAGGAAGUGAUUAAAAAUGAAAUACAUUAUGCGAUAUAUUUUAGUUUAUAGAGAAUUGACAGUUGUACUAUGUAAUUAAUAGACUUAACAUGAUCACAUGAAUUUAUUUCUUUAAAUUGUCUGACUGUAAAUGCAGUGGAAUGUAAAUGAUGAUCCUUGUGUUUUGUAGGUACCCUGAUUAAUCACAAUUGCAACCUAUAAAUGAUGAUUUGUGCAAUAAGGUAAUGGUCAGAUUGUAUAUUGUUUGCAUGGGAUUGACUUUUUUAUUGUCAUUUCAGCUGUACUGUUAAAUUGCUGGAGGAAACUAUACAUAAGGUAAUACAGAACUAGCAGUUACAUACAGUAUAUCACAUAUAAUACACUAUAUUAUAAAUUUCCUUAACUCAAGAAAUGUGAAGAAAAUGGUUGUAUAAUGGUCGUGUAAGCAGGGAACUGCAGUUCUUUACUUAUGAACACUACCUAUGUGACAUAUCAUGUGACAUACCAAUGUGACAUAUCACUACCCUGUGACAUAUCAUGCAAUAAGACCUCAUUAUUACGUUUUAAAGAUGGGUUGAAUGUUUACACGUCUGGUUAAUGAUUGGAAAAUGGAACAUGAGAUCAGAUUUAUAGAAAGACCAAUGUGUACUGUGAAUUCAAUAAAUGAUAU